CAGUGGGGCGCUUGACUUCCAUCGUCGCUGGCAAGACUGUCACUGUCAGCAGCCGUCACAACAAAAUAUUUUCUGUAUUUUCGAGAAAUUUUGUGAUCCAACAAUUUAGUUAGAAAAUUUUAAUUUUGUUGAUCAAAAUCAACAUUAUCGAGCAGCUGCCCACAUUUGCCAAACAUGGGAAGCAUAGAGGAGGCGUGCAUUACCGGGUUCCUGUGCAGACUAUGCUCCCAGAUCCAUCGUUCAGUGAUUUUCAUCUACGGCGCCGAAGGAGACAAGCACAAGUUGGAACAGAAAAUCAACAACUAUCUUCCCGUAAAGAUUGCACCCACUGAUCCUCUCCCGAAGACGGUAUGCGAAGGUUGUAUGAAUAAAGUAAUCCAACACCAUGGCAUGAUUCGAAAAAUUGCGGAGACUCAGAAAAAGUUUAAAAAACUACGAGAGGAAGAGAUGCUGUUACGUCAACAGCUGAACAGGCAUUCUUCGACCAGUACGAACCAAGCCACCAGCACGUCUCCUUCGGCAAGUGGAAGCAACGUCCGUAGUACCACCAACACAAGCUCUCCAGUAACGAGCUCUGCCACACUGGAACGAACGGGCAGCAGCUCUACGGGUUCGCCCGCUGUUCUUACCACUAGUUUAAACCGUAGGAUUACUCGCCAGACGCUCAGGAUCCAUCAGCUGCAUAAUGACAUCAACAACUACAUCGAAACAAUGGACAGCAGCUCACCGUCAUCGGACGAUGACAGCGACAGUGACAGCGGAGAUGGUAACUGAAGCACCCACGAAUAUAACCACAUUGUUUCAUUUCUGAUGUCCUUCCAUCAUCGCCGCCGUUUGCAGUGUUGUCCUAAUGGGUUCGAGGAUGAUCAAAUGUAAACAAGUGAUAUCACAUACGCCACAGACAAACUGACUGGGUAUUCCAAAAAAUGUCUCGAAUGCUGUGUCUGUUUGUCUGUGGCACAUUGGCACAUGACGACUUGUAGAGAGUAGGAAGGCUGUAUUAAUUUUCUCGAUAUAAUAAAAUUGAUGAACCCACACUGUGCUCCACUCUUCCCUGCUUUCGUUUGAAAAGCUGGAUAGGCGGAUUGCUAACUAUCGUAUAUUGCGAUUAAAUACUGUACUCUUAAUUGAACUGAAGUGUAAUAAUAAAGUACGAUUAGUGUAAUAUUA